UUUCUUCUCCCUAUCUCUAAUCGACCCAAAAUAUGGAUUCUUUGAGUUAUGAGAAAUGCAACCGUGAUGUAAAUACUGAUAUGUGCAUAUAGUUAAUAUUGAUCCGUAACAUCCGUUUAUGGGUGUUUAACAAAAGAAGAGAUCCGUUUUAUGGAUAUACACCCUAAUAACUUCCCUGUAAAAAAAAAGACGUAUUGUCAUAUCAUAUAGCAGGUAUGAUCAACAAAAGAAAAGUCACUACUCACUAGCAUUGAAGUUGUUGGAUGCAUAUGUCUUUGUUGUUCUCUGAUAUUUGAGCUAGGCCUCGAUACACAGUUAAUAUUAACUCCUUUUACAGUACAACAGAAGAAAAAACAGCAACGCGUUUAACUUUAUACUAAUUUGUCCCUUUUUCUUAUUCUGAAUCUGAUUAUAGUAUUUUGAUGAAAAAUUACUUGACCAACCACUUAUAUUAGAGAAAUACUUUUCGUGCAUGCGUGCGUAAUUAAAGAAUCCAAUUAUUGAUUUUCGUCGUCGCCACACCAAAUGUCUAUUCCAAAUUCAGUUCAAUAUUUUUGAAUUUUCUCACUUGGAAUUAAAUCCAUUUGCAAAGCUGUAAUUGUAUAUGAUUAGACCCCAAAAAGCUGUAUGUGACUCAAUAACCCUUUGUUUUUAUAAAUGUCAAGAUCUCUAGUGGACGUAUAUAUGAAGAGACUCGUUGAAUAGAAUAGAUUCCGAGAUUUGCAUGGUUAACUAAUUCUAUUUUUUCUUAUUCUAAUCGUUGGCUAAUUCCACUCUUCUCCUACAACUUUUUCUUCAACCUUCUCUUGCAAUUCUUCAAUAUCUGCUCUUAUUUAUUCUUUACUCAGAAGCCAACUUUUCCCAGUUAAGUACAUAAAGAGAUUAAGUGCCGUAACAAAACAAUUUGUGAUUGGAUCUGGUUUCUUUAGUUUUUAAAGAGAAAUCUAGAGAAGAAAACAAAACAAUGAAGUUUGGGAAAGAGUUUAUUGCGCAGAUGAUUCCAGAAUGGCAACAAGCUUACGUGGAUUAUUCUUGUCUCAAAUCCAUUCUCCAAGAAAUCAAAAAUGCACAGAAGCGAUCAGGUGCCGUAACACGCAAGCAACCUGUGCACCGCAACUUUAGCGGCCUGAUGACUAAGCAUUCAAGCCGAGUCGCCACGUCAGAAGAACUUGAAAACCAAGACAUAGUGGUGAGUGAAAUGAUUGGUGAUGAUGGGUUUGAUAGGUACGAGACGUCCAUCAUGAGAGUUGCAGAAGCUGGGAGAGAGCCAGAGCUUGUGUUCUUUAAAACCCUAGAUCUUGAGUUCGAUAAAGUGAACCAUUUUUACAAGUCUAAAGUGGAGGAAAUGGUGAAGGAGGCAUUGGUUUUGAACAAGCAAAUGGAUGCUCUGAUUGCUUUUAGAAUCAAAGUAGAUCAACCUUCUUCGUCUUGGAUCUGUUCUGAAACCGUAUCAGUCAAUGUGAAUGCCUUGGGUACUACGGAACAUAGUAAGUUCGCGCAUAUUAUUUUGUUUGUUAGGGUUUAGUAUGAAAGAAAAAACAAAACGUUUGAAUCUUUUUGUGUGUUUGGUCUUGAAGGAAAGACGUUAGCUGAUGUGAUGGGAAUCAUAGUAUCCAACCAUGGAGAUUCAACGAGAGGGAACGUGCCAGAGGCUUUAAGUGUUCUUGAACGUAUCAGACUAAACAAAGAUCAAGAAACUCCUCUGUCCAGGAUUAGAAACGUCCUCAAGCUCUCUAACCACGAAGAGCUCAAAUUCACAAGAGAGAAUCUCAAGAAAAUAGAAGAACGUCUUAAGGAUGUCUUCAUCAAGUUUUAUCGCAAGCUUAGACAUCUCAACAAUUACAGGUAUGCAUAUUGUUUCUUAAACAUUCGUAAGAACAACUCAUAGCAGGUUGUUUGUUUUAAUUCAGCUUCUUGAACACCUUGGCGAUUUCAAAGAUCAUGAAGAAGUAUGAUAAGGUAAUAAAAAACUUGAUUAACUUUUAUCAAAAAAAAAACUUGAUUAACUAGAUAUGUAUCUAAGUUUUCUUGCAUAUCUAUUAAUAUGUUUUCGGUAUUUAUUCUCUAUCAGAUUGCUUCAAGAAAUGCAGCAAAAACUUACAUGGAGACUGUUGUAGAUAAGUCCUACCUCACUAGCUCUGAUGAGGUUAUUAAUUACAAUAUCUCUACAUAAAACUUAAUAUGUUCUUUAAAAAAAAACUUGCUUUAUAUGUUCUUUCAAUACUACUAUAAACUUUAUUUACGUUGGACAGAUCCGCAAACUUAUGGUGAGAGUUGAGUCUAUCUUCGUGGAGUAUUUCGCUAGCUCGAACCGAAGCAAAGCAAUGAAUCUCUUAAGACCAAAAGUGAAGAAAGAAAAACAUCGGACAACGUUUUCCAGUGGUAACUAAUUAAAAACGAAUAAUAACAUUUAGUUCAUGACAAAUUGAUUCAAGAUCUCUAAUAUUUGUUCUUAUUUUCUCAGGCUUUUUUGUUGGCUGCUCAGUCUCUCUAGUGAUUGCUCUUGCCUUGUUAAUACAUGCUCGUAAUAUAAUGGGCGCAGACGGAAAGAACAUUUACAUGGAGACAAUGUUCCCUCUUUACAGUUUGUUUGGAUUUGUUGUCCUGCACAUGAUCAUGUAUGCUUCAAAUAUAUACUUUUGGAAGAGAUAUCGAGUGAAUUACCCUUUCAUAUUCGGGUUCAAAGAAGGAACAGAGCUCGGUUAUAGACAUGUUCUGCUUCUAAGCUUUGGUCUCAACACGCUUGCUCUAGCUGCUGUUAUAAUGAACCUUGACAUGGAGAUGGAUCCUAAUACUAAUGAUUACAAGACAAUCACUGAACUUCUUCCACUUUUAAUUGUUGGUGUAAGUUGUUCAUCAUUACAACCACAAGAAUCUAAAA